CUCCUAGUCAGCAGAGAAUCACACACAGCGCAAGAACUAAUGGUGGGAUCGGGUCGGAGCAAGCUGGCGUUGAUCUGUACACAAAAUCUCUCGGCGCUCAUUUUGCAAGGCGAACACUCAACGGGCAAGGAUUAAGACGUAAUAAACAUAUGUGUAUGAACGGGGGACAAGAACGCACAGUAUGGUCCGGGAAACCAGACACCUAUGGGUGGGGAAUUUACCCGAAAAUGUACGAGAGGAGAAAAUUAUCGAACAUUUCAAACGAUAUGGACGUGUGGAGAGUGUCAAAGUCCUCCCGAAACGCGGGUCGGAGGGCGGAGUGGCGGCCUUUGUGGAUUUUGUGGACAUUAAAAGCGCUCAGAAGGCUCACAACUCCAUCAACAAGAUGGGGGACAGGGACCUGCGCACCGACUACAACGAGCCGGGCACCAUCCCCAGCGCCGCGCGCGGCCUGGACGACAACCUGUCCUUAGGCUCGCGCGGGCGCGACGUUUCGGGGUUCACCCGGGGGGCGGGGGGGCCAGUUUACGUGCCCCCAGCCUCAAUCCACGGCAGAGAGGGACGCUAUGAACGCAGACUAGACGGGGCCGCGGACGGUCGGGAGCGGGCCUACGAUCACAGUGCCUACGGACACCACGAGCGCGCCAGCGGCAGCUUCGAGCGCCAGCGGCACUACGAAACGGACUACUACCGCGACCCCCGGGACCGCGCGCUGGGCGGGGCGGGGGGCAGCUCCGGCGGGGGUGCGGGCGGGGGGGGCCCCGCGGGGGUCAGCGGCGGGGGUGUGGGGGCCGUCCCGGGCGGCGGGGGGACGGGCGGGGGCGGAGGGGGCGUGGCCGGCGGCGGAGGGGGCGCGGGGUCCGCGUCGGUGGCGGUGGGCUACUACGGAUCGCGGAGUCGUAGCCCCAGCCGCUUCGAGACGCCCGAGCCGCGCUACGAACCGCGCGCCCGCGAGCCCUUCACGCUGGCCAGCGUCGUCCACCGCGACCUUUACCGCGAGGAGCGGGGUCGCCGCGCCGACCGGCCGUACCACCACAGCCGCAGCAGGUCGCCGCACUCCACGCACUCGCGCAACCCCUCCCCGCAGCGGCUGGCCAGCCAGGCGGCGCGCCCCGCCCGCUCCCCCAGCGGCUCCGGCUCCCGCAGCCGCUCCUCCAGCUCCGACUCCGUCAGCAGCACCAGCAGCAGCAGCAGCGGCAGCGAUUCCAGCAGCAGUUCGAGUGAUGAGUCCCCCGCUCGCUCUGUGCAGUCGGCCGCCGUGCCCGCCCCCUCCGCCCUGCCCCCACCCGCCAUCGACAAGGACGAGCCGCGCAAGAGCUUCGGCAUCAAGGUCCAGAAUCUGCCCGUCCGGUCCACAGACACGAGUCUGAAGGACGGGCUGUUCCACGAGUUUAAGAAGUAUGGGAAGGUGACGUCCGUGCAGAUCCACGGGGCUUCGGAGGAGCGAUACGGCCUGGUGUUCUUCCGCCAGCAGGAGGACCAGGAGAAGGCGCUCGGUGCCUCCAAGGGGAAGCUGUUUUUUGGCAUGCAGAUCGAUGUCACGGCCUGGAACGGCCCUGAGACCGAAAGCGAGAACGAGUUCAGGCCGCUGGACGAGCGGAUAGACGAGUUUCAUCCCAAAGCCACGCGGACCCUGUUCAUCGGGAAUCUGGAAAAGACCACCAGCUACCACGACCUGCUCAACAUCUUCCAGCGCUUUGGGGAGAUAGUGGACAUUGACAUUAAAAAGGUGAAUGGAGCCCCACAAUAUGCCUUCCUGCAGUAUUGCGACAUCGCCAGUGUCUGUAAGGCCAUCAAAAAGAUGGACGGGGAGUAUCUUGGCAACAACCGACUAAAGCUGGGCUUUGGGAAGAGUAUGCCCACAACAUGCGUGUGGUUGGAUGGCCUGGCAUCCAACAUCACAGAGCAGUACCUGACACGUCACUUUUGCCGUUACGGACAUGUGGUCAAGGUUGUAUUUGACAGACUCAAGGGAAUGGCCCUUAUCCUGUACAACAACAUUGAAUAUGCGCAGGCUGCUGUCAAAGAGACCAAAGGCUGGAAAAUCGGGGGCAAUAAAAUCAAGGUGGACUUUGCCAAUCAGGAGAGCCAGAUGGCGUUCUAUCGCUCAAUGCAGGCAUCUGGGCAGGACAUCCGAGAUUUCUACGAAAUCCUCUCAGAACGAAGAGACGAGCGCAGGCCGCCGUAUCACGAGUUUUCUGCAGAGCGGGCGUACUACGAAAAUGUCCGUACUCCUGGCACCUACACAGAAGAUCCCCGUCGGAAGUACCCUGCCCGUAACCGAGAGUUCUACGCGGAAUGGGACCCCUAUGGCGGUGCUGACUACUAUGACCCACGUUACUACGACGACCCGCGGGAGUACCGGGACUACCGGGAUCCCUACGAGCAGGACAUCCGCAAGUACAGCUACUUGCAGAGGGAACGUGAGAGGGAGCGGGAGCGCUUUGAGACCGACCGCGAGCGUGACCAUGGGAGGCGAACAAUUGAGCGCAGCCAGAGCCCUUCUCACCCCAGACGCCCCGCCAGCCCCACCGCCUCUCCCUCGCCCUCCGAACGCCUCCCCAGUGACUCCGAACGACGCAUCUAUAGCCGCUCCUCCGAACGAAGUGGCAGCUGCAGCUCACUCUCGCCGCCGCGCUACGAGAAGCCCGACAAGGCUCGGCCAGAACGCUACGGCAAGGGCGAGAAGAUUGAGAAGGAGCGGCCUCUGUUUGAGGCGGACCGGGGCAGCGGGGGUGAGAAAGACAAGCGCAUAGGACGCAAAGAGAAACCUGACAAAGAGAAAGGAGAGAAACUAAAAUUGAGGAAGCUAAAGGUGCCGUCCCCCAGUAUCCCUUCGUCAGAGACGGACCCUGAACCAGAACGGGACGCCAGCCCUGAAGCAGGGCCACGAAUGAAAGGAAGUAAAUUGCCUGCCAAAGAGAAGGAUGCUUCCGGCAAGGGUCGUCUGGACUUGCCACCCUGUGUUGUUCAGCUUACACGUGUUAAGGAGAAGGAGGGCAAGCUGCUGGACCAGGCUGUCAUGGAGAAACAAAGGCUGAAGGGUGAGAAUGACUGUGUUAGGUCCCCACCACUACCCCCACCUAUACCAGCUGAACAGAGAGUGCUGUCCUCCCGCCUGGAGCUUCAAAAGGGAGAACUGAUCAAGCAGGGAAAAGUGCUCAAGGAAAAGGGCUUGGCAAGCCAGGUGGAGGUUGUAGACAAGGAAGGGAAGACUAAACCCAAGAAACACAAAACUGAACCCACCUUUGAUGGGGGUAGCUCAUCUGUGGACGUUGAGCGACUGGCAGCGCGUAAAAGGCGUUUCGGAGAUGCUGGCGGGAAGAUAGAUCGACUGAAGAGGGGCAGCCAAGAGGAAGAGGAAGCAAGGCUUGGAAUGAAGAAGCUGCCUGAUGGUGCCAUUCCCAAAGAGGUCGAAGGGGAAAGGAAGGUCCUGCGGAAAGAAGCACACAAGCGAGAACAUCGCAAGGCUAAACCAGAGAGGCUGGUCACUGUCUGUAGCCCCACAGAAGGCCCUGAAUCAGAGAACAUUGCUGUGGGAAUGGGCUUGGGGCUCAGCCUGGAUCUCCAGGCACGCUUAGGGGAGCCUACUGAAGAGGUUCCUGACCCUUUGGACUUUCCGGGCAGGAAGAUUGGUGUAUUAGGGUCGAAGUCCCAAGGCCAUCCAAGUCUUUCCCGAAUGUUUUCAGAAGAUGGCAGCCUUGAUACGGAUGAUAUGAGGGAGCAGGAACAGCAAAGUCUUCUAGAUCUUGGCGAACAGGCCUUAGUUCAGGCAAAAGGUUCCGGAGAGGGUGAAGAGCGCCUCUCCCUGGACAUUGACCACUCCCAGAGUUGUCGAAAACAGAUGGAGCAGAAUCGUAGACUCCGCCAGCAGCUACAGGAACCUGAUAAGUUGGAUAAACCUGACAGCCCACGUGGUGACUCUGAGGACUUUGAGCGCCGCAGCUUGGUGCAUGAAGUGGGCAAGCCCCCGCAAGAUGUCACGGAUGAUUCUCCACCCAGUAAACGCAAGAAACUGGAGCCGUUCGACUUUGAGAUGAGUUCCAAACGUAACUAUCGGAGUUCCCGGCAGCUGAACGAGGAUGCCGAAAGGAACAUGACCUCCCUGCCAGGAUUGCGGCACUUUUCCUACCAUGAGGAAGAUGGCAGUGCUGACUCACCCCACCUAGUGACUGUGAAAGAGCCUAAGAACUCUCCAAAACCAGAGGAAAAGGUAUACUCGCACCUAGAACUCUUGAAGUACAAUUUCAGCAGAGUUCGGGGCUCACACUCAGAACUGACCAAGAUCAAGGCUUCAUCUCUAGGAUGUGAAGAUGAACUGCACCACCGGUGGGAGAGUAGAGUGAAACAGGAUCCACUUCGACUAGAUAUGAGCUUCCCCAGCAGUAUUGUGAAACGGGAAGGUAUCCGCAAGCGUCUAGUGCGUGAACUGGAGCCUGGGGAAGUACAGUCAGACUCUGAUGAGGAUGGUGAGAACAAACAUCACUCCCCUAAGCCCUCAACAUCUCUCUCCUACUUUCUUAGAGAGCGUGAGGAGAGGUUGUCUGAUCUUAAACUAUCAGGCUCCCUUGAGAGGAACAAGUUCUAUUCUUUUGCACUGGACCAAACCAUAACACCAGAUACAAAGGCUCUGCUUGAGCGAGCUAAGUCACUGUCUUCCUCUAGAGAGGAUAACUGGUCAUUCCUGGAUCGUGACUCCCGCUUCGCCAGCUUUCGUAGUAGCAAGGACAAAGAGAAAGUGGAGUCUGCUCCACGGCCAAUUCCGUCCUGGUACAUGAAGAAGAAGAAAAUCCGCACAGACUCGGAGGGGAAAAUAGAUGACAAAAAAGAAGAGCCGAAACCUGAGGAGCAGGAGCGACGAGAGCUGUUUGCCUCUCGUUUUCUGCACAGCUCCAUCUUUGAACAAGACUCAAGGCGCCUGCAGCACCUUGAGCGCAAGGACCAGGACCCUGAGCUGGGUGUGGGGCGACUAUCUGGGAGGCAGUGUUCAACUGAGGCACAACUUGGAACAGUUGGGGGGGAUGUCCUCCAGGAACCCAUGGUGCUCUUCCAUAGCCGCUUCAUGGAGCUACAGCAGCAGAAGGAGAGGGAUCAGCGGCCGAGGGAGAUUGAGAAAGAGAGUAGUGUUGAUGCGAAUGAGAAGGAGAAGCUGGUGGAUGGGGAACUGGAGCAGCAGCAUAUUCCAAAAGUACCUGAGAUUAUGCCGGACACAGAGAUCAAACCAGUCAGCCCUGUCCUAAUUCCCCCAAUUUCACUUUCUCUUUCUGUGCCCAGAGAAAUGUCACCACCACAAGAGAAACCAAUUGUCCAAACUCCACCCCAAGAGCUUUCCAUCACACAGGUGAAAGAAGAAAAGGUAGAAGCUGUUCCAGAAGUCCCGCCACCUCCGCCAUUACCUCUGGUAGAGAUCCAGCCGCCCACCGUUAUCAGUAUCACACCUCCAGAACCAGUAUCUGAUGAUACAGAAAUUAAAUUGGAGCCAAAGGAGGAGCUAUGCGAACCUAAGCUCCCAGCAGAAAACACAUUGACAGCAGAGAGCUCUGGAUUCUUUGAUGUCAAGCCUCCAACUCCAGGAGCCACACUGAGCAGUUUGGAGCCAGAGCCUGCUGCCCCAGAAUUCCCCAGCUCUGCUUCCCCUAAGCCUGUGGAAAAUAUGGAGACCGUGAAAGAAGAGGUGAUUCCACCUCUCAAAUCUGAACCCCAGGACAGUGCUGUGCCCCAGAAACUGGAAGAACCUCAGGACGGGUUGACUCAAAUCUCUGACGCGGAGGUAGAGCCUGUGCUGCCAACCCGGAAACAACCGAAGAGCAAAAGGGCCAAGCCACCCCCGGCAGCACCUCCACCUCCACCAGCUCAAGCAGCAGGUGCAGAGAAGCCAGCCACUCGCAAGAGUGAGCGAAUCGACAGGGAGAAGCUGAAACGCGCAUCAUCCCCACGUGGAGAGACAGCUAAAGUUAGCUUAGAUGCUAAGACUACGUCAAAGUCUCCUAUCCAUGCCCCUGAAACCGAGCCAAACUAUGAGCCCAGUUUGCCAGUUGGUAGGACACGGCGCAGGAAUGUGCGUUCCGUUUAUGCCACUCCAGUGGAAGACGAGACCCCUCAGCAACCUGGGAAGGAAGUGACAGAGGCCCCCCGUUCCACUCGGAAGCGUGGUGCUGAUAAAGAGCAGGCACAACAGCAGCAGCAGCAGCCCCAGCAGGAAACUUUGACUGCCCCUACCACCCCAAGGCGAGGCCGCCCUCCAAAGACACGCCGGCGGUGGGAAGAUGCAUCACCAGUGAAGGGUGAUCCACCAAAAGUGGCAGAGGUAGAAGAGACUGACAGCAAAGAGCUGGGAAACAGCGGAGAAUGUACCAAAGUGACAGAGGGGUGGCGUUCACCUCGCACACAAAAAGUACAACAAAAUCAAGGUUCGCCACCAGGAGGGCUCGUACAGGGCAGGAAAGCAGGAAAAACUGACAAAACAUCUGAAUGCCCAGUUCCACAGCCAGAUCACCCAAAUAGUGAUGUUGCAGGUUUGCUGGAAUCCACAGCAAAGUUAAAAGAUGAUACCUUAGAGCAGAGUUUGAAGCCUAUAGAGGAUGAUACCAAGCAGCAAGUGACUGUACAGAGAGCAGAGAAAGAGAAAGAAACAACAGAUCUGGCUGACAGGAAAUCAGGUGAUGAGAAAACACCUGAAAAGUCUGAGCCCCCACUUGUGGAAAAGCGGCAGCCAUCAGAGAAGAGUGGGAAGACAAAGGCAGCAAGGUUGACUCGAAACACCAAGAUGGUGACGGAAGACAAGUCCUUAAGCCUGAAGAACCUAGAGAUUCGUCUGAGUGUAGAUGAUGUGAAGGGUGUUUUGCGCUCAGGGGAAGACGAGCCUGAGUCUUUUGAGGCCUCUCCAAAAAAGCCCAAGCCCGGGGUCUCUGUCAAGGAAGAAGCAUGUUUCAUCAAGGAGGUGCCCAGCCCCGAGGAGAAAGAGGAGGUACUGUCAGAUCCUGAACCCCCUAUAGACCCAGCUGCUGCCUUACUGGCCCGUCAGAUGGAACUAGAACAGGCAGUGGAGAACAUUGCUAAGAUGACCGAAGUGCCCACCCUACCACCUUACAAGGAGCCUCCCGCAGAGCCACCUGCCAUACUGCUGCCAGUUGUAGAGGAACCAGAGCCUGAGACUGAGGAAGAAAAGCCGGCUAAUCCUGCCAGCGAGACUGAACUCGCUGCUGCCAUCGACUCGAUCACUGCAGAGGACAUCUCAGCCGAUGCAGAUGGUUUCACAGCUCCCUCUACUUACAGUACACUCAUCCCUGCCUCUGAGCCACUGGUACUGCCUCCUGCCACUGAGACUAUGGAACCGGAAACCGACAUGGCCAUUAGAAAUAUAAUGGAUGCUGAAUCAGAAAUAGGAGGUGUGAUAGCAGAUUCCAAGAAUGCAGAACCAGCUGCCACUGUAACACCUGUCCCAGAUGUGGCGCCUACACCAGAAACGCCCAAGAAGGGGAGUAAAGUUAGACCCAAAACUCCGAAGAAGUCCAGGAGCCGUAAGGCUACUGCUAGUAGAAAGGGGGAACCUGUGGAGGAAAACGUGUCAGAACCUGAGCCCACGACAGUGAAGUUGCCAGACUCCAUCCCUGAAGACACUCAGGCUGUCAACCUUAAAGCAGGGACAACCUCAGCUGCAACGGCUGUGGUCACAACUGCCGCCUCCUGCAAGCAGGAAGUGGGACAUGCAACAGUGGUGGCUGUAGAUACACCCAAAGAAGCAGAGCAGCCAGCAGUGGAGCAACCUGAACCUCAAGAAUCUGCUUUUCACUCAAAUAGUAAGAGCCCCCUUCAUUUUAAGCUGCAGCAGCCACCAGCUGAACCUGUGGCACCUGCCCUCACGCCAUCGCCAACUCGGCUGAAUUUCCCUGCCUCUCGGCCUGCCAAGCUGCCAGUCUCCCCACCAGAGUGGCAUAACCGAUCUGAAGACACUGGAGUCCUCUCAAGCCCACCGGCUCACGUGACAGUGGCUGCCCCCCCUCUACCAACAGCAGCAGCAGCUCUGGUAGCGGCUCCAUCAGGGAACCCACCCUUGCCUCCUGACACUAAGGCCUCAGACAUUGAUCCUAGCUCCAGCACUCUACGCAAAAUCCUCAUGGAGCCAAAAUAUGUAUCUGCUUCAGGUGGGAACUCUACUCCCAAAGCGCUACUCACAACUACAACAUCCCUUGGGGAUUCACGCAUGUCAGAGACUGAAAAUUCAUCAGAUUUUCUGCCCUCAAGACAUUCUCCUCCUGAGGACCGGCCCUCACCUGUGACACCCCUCCCUACACUGCAGCAGCCACCCCCACCCCCUCCUCCUGAGACCCAGCAGCCCUUUGGGGAGAAGAUUGUAAAUUCAGUCAUUUCCUCUACAGCUACCUCCGUCAUCAGUCGCAUUCACAUGCCCUUUGACUCCGAUGAGACGCCACGCAUCACUUUAGGCAACCGUGGCACUGGCAUGGCAUUGCCUAAGCAAAAGUAUCGGUCCAGUGUGAAUGAGAAUAACCGGUACCAUGGGCUUGUGGUGGCAGAGGAGGGGAGCAGCGGUGGGCGGCCCAUGGUGGAGAGCAUCACAUACAGCACAGGCUCCAGCCCAGGGCUCAGGGUCAACACUUCUGAAGGCAUAGUAGUGCUGAGUUACUCGGGACAGAAGACCGAGGGACCCCAGCGAAUCAGUGCAAAAAUAAGCAAGAUCCCGCCAGCCAGUGCAGUUGACAUAGAGUUCCAGCAGUCUGUGUCUAAAUCUCAGAUCAAGCAGGAGCCUCUCACCCCGUCCCAGCCUCCCACCCCAAAGGGUUCCCAAACGCCGACUGGUUAUGGUCACACUGGGGGGGUCCUAAGUGGCCAACCAUACAAUACACAACCUGUUAUUUCAAGCAUCAAGCAGGAGAGCCCUGGCUCAGAUAAAUGUGAAUCACCUUACCAUUCUGGGCCACAGGGGGGAGCUGUAAAAAUGCUCCAGCAAUCGGUGGGGAGCCCACAAGUUCUUGUAUACAAUCAGUCCAUGAUGCAGCAGCAACAUGCGAAGAAGGGGACGGGAACUGAUGGCCUGCCUUUGAAGAUUGAUUCGGGUAAGCCAGCCCAACCCACUAAUCUGAGCCCAGUUAUGAGCCCUCACCACCCUUCUUUGGCUGGUAACCAUAUGGGUUCUAGUCCCAGCACCCCUACUGAAAGAGCAGUGCCACACCUGAAGCAAGAGCCCCACUCCCCUCGAACAUCAGGCCACUCUCCAUCCCCUUUCUCUAAAGUGGGUCCUCCGAGCAGCUCAGUCUCCCCAAUUGGCACGUCUGUUGUCCUGGGCCCCGGCAUGCCUGCGAUGUCUCAGUUUGUCUCCAGCGUGCACCACCCAGAGCAGUCCGUUAUCAUGCCCCCCCACAGCGUCUCCCAGUCCGUUCCUAUGAGCCACCUCUCCCAGGGUGAGGUGCGGAUGAACACACCCCCGCUUUCCGGGAUGGGCUACGGAAUGCGCCCGGAGUCUCUGUCCUCGCCCCGGUCUGGGCACCAGCAGCGCUCGAACACGCCCCAGCCGGCCGGUAUCCGAGACAUGGUCCUGCAGUCGCACUCGGGUUCCGCUGGGACGGGCGGGGGCGGCGGUGCCGGAGAGGAUGACGUCCGACACUUUCAGAGCCUGCGCAGGCCUUCUGUGCCCCAGCUGCAAUCAGAUGUGAUGGUGAUGCAAACAGAUUACCGUGGGAUGCCCCACAGCGGGCUGCGCUUGGACCAGUAUGGCCUGCCGUCUCGGGACGUGCGCAUCCUGAUGCACCACCAGCUGAGUGAGCACCCCAACCCAGAGUCGCGGCAAGUGCGUACCCCGGAGGCAGUUUCAUCCUGUUCAUCGUCCACCAGCAUCUCUUCUUCCUCAUCUUCCUCUUCUUCCAAAACGCCUCCAGUUGGGAAGGGCGUAACACAGACUGGGAAGGACGGGCCGAAACCGCUGGAGGUGAAGAUGCCACCCUCGCCACACACAGACAGCAGGAUUAUGGGAGUUCAUUCAAAUGUGCCUGUCAUGGUGCCCCCCCAAGGGGUUCAGCUCAUGCAUCCAGGGGCUGCAAGCUCCUUCCCGGAAUAUUCACCUGUGUACAGAGGCUUCCACUCCCAGUUUUCCGGCCACUCCUCUCUGGGCAUGAACCUUGCACCCCGCAGCAUCACCCCUUCCCAGGGUCUUCAGGAUGGCGACCGUGACCAUGCCCACCGGAACAAAACGCCCCAGGUGCCAUCUUCAGGGGCUGUAGGAGCCGGGGCUGAGCCCAAAGCUGAGAGCUUGCACCUCCGUCACACGGCGACUAUGGACUUAUCCCAUAUUCCCAGGGUCCAGGGGGAGACGGGCUCCCCUUCCUAUACCUCUUCCAUUGCCACAAGUCACCAGGCCACCCACAAGCUUGACUUGGCUUCUCCCAUGCAGAAGGGAUCACAGUCCUUCCUGUCCACGCCCCUGCCACCACCCUCCUCUGGGUCCUCCCAGAUGCGGCCUGACGGCAAGCUGGAGCACACGGGGCACCGCUCUGACAUGGUGCAGCUUCUCACGAAGUACCCUAUCGUGUGGCAGGGACUCUUGGCGCUGAAAAACGACACCGCUGCCGUUCAGCUGCACUUUGUCUCCGGCAACAACGUCCUGGCCCACCGCUCGCUGCCCCCGCCGGAGGGGGGCCCCCUGCUCCGCAUCGCCCAGAGGAUGAGGCUGGAGGGGUCCCAGCUGGAGAGCGUGGCACGGAGGAUCACGGUGGAGAGUGAUUACUGCCUCUUGUUGGCACUUCCUUGUGGCCGUGACCAGGAGGAUGUUUUGAACCAGACGCAUGCCCUGAAGGGAGGAUUCAUCACCUACUUACAGGCCAAGCAGGCUGCUGGGAUCAUCAACGUUCCCAACCCUGGCUCCAAUCAGCCCGCCUACGUUUUGCAGAUUUUCCCACCCUGCGAAUUUUCGGAGUGCCACUUGUCCCGGCUCGCGCCCGACCUUCUCAACAGCAUUUCCAGCAUCUCGCCCCACCUGAUGAUUGUCAUCGCCUCUGUGUGAGGCCUCUUUCCAGGAGCUCCUCUGUUUACACCUGCUGGCAGCGGACAGGCCCUAACCUUCGGACUCCAGCAGUGGCAAAACAAUAAAUAAAUUGAAAAGUAGUCCCGGCUCACGACUACGGUUGGACUCUCCGUUUUUAACAUUCUCGAUGUCCCUCCUCCGCUUUCUGCCUGCACUUCCGGGUCUCUGUAUCCCUCCGCCUUGAGAGAGAGAGAGCGCAGGGAAAGGUGGAAUUUAAUUUACAGUCACAGCUACGGUCGUUUUCUCCUGCUGUUGUCUUUGUUUGGGAGUGGUUUUGCACAUUCCAGUUUUACGGUUGUUCGCAAAGAAGUUGGAUGUGGAUCUGCUGAACAACAAACAUGGGGGGGGACAGACAGCAGGUGGAUUUUUUUUUUCUUUUCUUUUCUCAAAUGAUGAUUGUGAUUUAUUCUUUUUAAAAAAACGAAACAAAACAAAACAAAAAAAAACGAGAUAAUGGAUCGGAUCAGUCAUUGCACUAUGUCGGAGGAAAAUACCUUUUUCAUAAAACUUGGACCUUGUACAGAUUUAAAAAAAGAUGCAUAUUACAAACAGGAUGGAGUGACGCGCUUUGCUUGUAUUAAAAGAAACUGCUCUGGAAAAAAAAAACAAAAAAGUUUUUUGUGAUCUAGGUAAGAAAAUUGUGGCAAAUCAUGGCAGCCUAACCAGUCUUUACUCUUACUACUGCUCAACUACCGUUCAACUAUUAAUCUACUACUUUACUAAAGACAGCUCUCUGAAUCCUCACAGUUCCUGCCCCAGGAACAGACGUGAGGGCAUUCGGAGUUGUACAGUUUACACUAUAUGCCUCAAUGGGGGACAAUAUACAUACUUAUUUUUGCUUCCUUCUUCUUAUUUUCUUCUUUUUGGCUGAUGGGUGAGGGGAGUACGCAGGACCGUGUAAAUAUUAUAAAUAUUUAAAGACUCAGACAAAACGCUGGGAGUCCAGGUGGACGACUUUUUGAAAAGGCAACCCGCCAUCAUCAGCUGUGGAACUGAAUGGUGAAAGGAAACCAGGGAGCUCCCAGCCGUGACGUUCAAGUGUUUCGUUUUUAAGAAAAAUGUGCCAAAUUUGUCUUUUCAGCAGAAAGAAAAAAAUAAACCGACCAGAAACUUAAAUGGAAUAAAAAAAAAAAAAUUAAAAAAAAAAUCAGAUCUUAUUUUCAUACUUGACUUUGUAUUUGUCACUCAUUCGUAAUUGAUUCUGUUUUUUGACUUUGCCUCGUUUUUAACAGUUUAAUUUCUGUCCCUUCUUCCCAGUCUAUGUUCAUUCUCUUUUUCGUUAUUUGAGGAAGUGCUGUAAAAGCCAGUCUGUUAUAAAUUCAUGGAUACUGUUCUGCAAACUGGUAAAUGUUUUCCCUCCACAUGUUGCCUGCCCCUCUUGCCUGUAUGUUUUUGGAUUUUUAAAACAUGCGUCUGACAUUAAUGUUGAACACGCCCCACACUUAACAGGGGGUGAUACUGCGCAGUGGCUUCACCAUGCUUGAACAGGGGAGGAGUUUGUUUGAUUGUAAACGCAAAGGAAAACUGGGUGGGAGAUAGGAACGUGGGACUGGAACUCUGAAGCUGAGCCAUGAGAAUGGAUGUAUGAACUCUCUCCUCGACUGGUGUCUCCCUGAAACCUCAUUGUACAUAGUCAUUCAUUAUCUGUGUUCAUUUUUAUUGUUUUUUCAGGGUCAUUGUUUUGUCAGACAAAACAAAGCAGUCUAAAAAAGGCAGAACCAGGUGUAAACCGAUGCUGAAAGUAAACCAUGUUUCUCAGUUUUGUGGUGUAAAUAUUUGUACGACUGCAGACUGACUGCUCUCUCGUGGUAAUGUUGAAGGCACUUAUAAUUUUGAUACACAAAUAAAAAAAGAAAUACCAAAACAAACAAACAAACAUACAAAAAAAUCAAUCGUAUAUGUUGUCUUUGGAGCCAUCUCAUUUCAUUGUUUUGAGUGUAUUUUAUUGUGCCUCUAUGAGGUUAUUUUAAGAUGUUUGUAUAAUAAAUUGUUGGUUUACACACACUUCCACAUAUUGUUAAAUGAUUAGUCACUAUUGUUUUUAUUUUAGCAUAGUUUUCAUUGUGGACCAGUUUCUACUGUAUUUAAUAUCAUUUUAAACAGUGGCUGUUAUGCACAUGCCAUACAUGUAACAUGAAAAGAUCACAUACAGCCAUUUUAAUGAAAAGAUUGUCGGUUUUAUAGUUGUGGAUAAUCAUUCAUUUUUUAAAGUCCCAAAUAUAGUAUUUUCUCAAGGUGACUCCUUCCUACAUAAACGUCGAUGCUCUUGGGGGGAAAAAAUGUUUACACAUGAUUUAGUUUAUAUUAGUAUAUUUUUAGUUUGUACAGCCACAAAAUAUUUCUGAUUUUACCACAUGCAGUUUUUGAAGUUGUUCAAUAUGUAUGAUUAUAUAUAUUGAUGAUAUGAUUAUAAGAUUGAUUAUAUGAUUAAUCCUUGA